GACACAACUGAAAAAACUGUCACAACGACCGGCUUUUGUUUACUAUCUGUUUAAUUUUGUGGUUCGAACGUAGAUUAGUAAUUUUAGUAUAGAAUGGUUGUAGUUUGUGUUUUUGUAUAUUGUUAAGUAAUUAAUUGACGCAGCUACAAAUGUCUGACUUUGAGGAGCAAUUCCAGGCGUUCCUGCGUGAGCCACUGUCGUCAGAGGAAUCAUCAGGAGCAGGACCGAGCACAAAGGAAGAUGUUCAGCCAGCUCAAGCAAAUCAUAAAUUUUUCUGGAUGAAGACCAGAGCACUUGAAGAUGUGGAAGGAAAGGACUACAGUGAUGGAGAGAGGGAAAAGCAGAAGACAGAGCAGCAGGAAGGAGAUAUGUCGGGGGACCUGGUGAGGCCAAACAUCCGUCUCAAGGUGCCAGGCUCGGAGGCUGCAGCAGGGGCCGAGGCGGCUGGGGCCCGCACUACGCUGCAGCUGAACCUGGACCUCCUUCCGCGCUCACCAGAGGCAUCCUCCUCCACAGCAGACUUUGUCAGGAAGGAGCAAAUGUUCCAGGAGCGAGGAGGGGGAGGAGGAGGAGGAGGAGGAGGAGGAGGAGAGGACGAAGACGGAGAAGACAAUGUGGAAGCUGCGGAGGUGGAUGGAGAUGAGACGGAUGAGGAGAUCAGCAGCAUCCUCGAGGAGAUGAGCCGCCUGGCCAGCAGCAGUGGGCUCUCACAUGAAGCUGGAAUGGAAGACAGAAGUGUGGAAGAAAUUUUGAAAGAGGCAGAAGAAGUUGUCCGUGAGAGUUCUCAGACAUUUGAGCAGCUUGCUCAUGCAUCAUCAAGAACUAGCUUCAAGUCUCUCACAUCAGACUCAGAGAGUUGUGAAGUUGUGCCUUCAGAUAUUUCUUCGCCAUCGAGUCACAGUGCUAGUAAGUCACGAGAACAUUCUAAGAAAGUUUCUCAGAUUCCCUCCAGUAAGAAUACUUUUAAUGAAUUUAGACAGCCCUCUGUGAUAUCUUCAAAAUCCUUUAUGUCAGAUAUUUCUUCCUUAUCUGAAAGUAAUGAAAAAGUUGACAGCAGAUUAAAGAAAACUGUUAGUAUGCCUUCAGAUGUACAUUCUUCAGUUUCCCUUGGUCCCACCAAGGUAACUGGAUUACCAGACAGAUCUGAUACUGAAAAAUAUGAUGCCUUAAAGCGGACCACAGUUUCUUCUAGUUUUGGUACAAGUGAAAAAAACUUACCUGUUACAGCUUUACUACAUUAUGACAAAUUCAAUAGCCAUGCUGCAGGUGUUGAUAAAAGUGAGGAUUUUAGGAAAGAAGAGCCUGCAAUUACACAAGAAAAAUCUCUUAUUGACACUGGUCAAAGUGCCACAGGGAAACUGUCACCACAGGGCAAGAAAAUCGAUAGAAGUGUCAGUUUCCAAAGUAUGUCGUCACACCGUGAAAAACCUGGAGCAAAAAAAUGGCAUAAAAGUAACGAAAAAGACAGUGAUAAGCCAAGUGCAAAAAAAUCAUUCGGUUUUCAUCAGAAUAGAAAUGCUGGCCAAAGUAGUUCAAAAUCUUUUGUUUCUUCAGGUGCUAAGCGGAACAGUACUGCAAAAUCCAGUGAAAGCAGAGAUUUCACAAAAGAGAUGAGAGAGGAAAGUAUUCACAAGAGCAUCACUGUUAGUAGAGUAAUGCCACGUGAAAAGGAUGUUGAUCCAUCCGCAGCAGGUUCUAGAGGCAAGCAGCUGAAAAGGGAGAGCAGUGCCAGUAGUGUAUCAGAUAAAAUAAGGCAAAUAGUGAAUGAUGUGGUGCGCACCGAGGUGGAGACUGCAGUGAGUGAGGUGAAUACAAAAGUUCCAGGAAAGGGCAGUGAAAGUAAUGCCAGCAAUGGUGCCAGCAGCUGGAGAACAGAGUACAUCCGUGGACUGGAGAGGAAGUACUUGUCAGAUGUCUCAGAAGAGAGUACAAUAUCACAGCCGUCGGAACAGGACAAGAGGCCUACCCAGGGUGCGAAAGUGACAGACGAAUCUCUCAGGAAAGAGACACUGAUGCUCCUCACACUAGAGAAACAGCUUCAGGAGGAGAAGGAAAAGUGUCAAAGGCUACAAGCUGAGUUGGCUUCAGGGGAGAAAGAGCACAAGAAACAAUUAAGUGCAAUGACAAAACAAUACGAGAAGGAAGUUCUGGAAUUGAAAAAGGAAAUAUGCGUCCUGCGAGCAAAGAUAUCAGGGAUGGAGGCUGCAUCUCCUGCUCCCAACUCUGAGCAGAGUGUGCAGAGAGCAGAUGUGAGGGUGGCAUUGAUGGAGGAGGAAAUGCAGCGCCAGGAGCAAAUAAUCGUCAACUAUCAGCGUGACAAUGAGCGCCUCUGCCAGGAGCUCAAGCAGCUGCAGGAGAAGUUAAAGACAAAAGAGGCAGGUUCAACGGCAAGUAAGGGUCCAGCAACAGGUGAUGUGGAAAGGCGAAAGCUCGAAGAUGAGCUGCGUGAGGCUCGAGAAGCUGCUAUUGCUGCAAGAGUGCAAAUGGAUGCAUUGAGGGCAGGGAAGAGGGACCUAGAGGGCACAGUCCGUGACCUCAGGGCAUCACUGGCCGAGACAAAGUCUGAAUUGGAGAGGCAGCGGCGACGCGCAACCUACGGCAUGGGAGGCGGAGCUGCUGCUGGUGGCAAGCCACUGCGGUCCCCCAAGUCCCCCACCACUGCCACCAGGACUGUCAGGCAAAAUGCACAGGAUUCAUCUCGUAUAGAAGAACUGGAACGUGAGUCACGUUCUUUACGGCGAGAACUGGCACUGGCCCAGGAAGAGGCAAAGAAAGUGCAGGCAGCCGCAGAGCGGGAGAGGACGGAGGCGGCUCUGCAGAGAAAUGCCCUGGAGGCGAGUGUGGGAGAGCUGAGCGAGGCCCUCAGCAAGGAGCGAGCACGUGCCAAUGCCGUCGAGAGGGACUCCCGCAACCAAGCGGCCCAGCUGCAGGACAUGACACGCCAGGUGCACGAGCUGGAGCAUAUCCUAAAAAGGAACCCUGUGGCAGCACAGGAGGCAGGCAUUCUGCCAAAAGGUUCUCCAGAAUUCUCGCCACGCGUUAAACACCUGGAAAACAGACUCCAGCAGCUUGAACAACAGCUUAACGAGAGGGAGCAGCAGCACAGAGCUGCAAUAGCAGAUGCCGAGAAGCAGCGUCAGGAACUGAAGUCGCAGUACGAGGAGCAGGUGUCAGACUUGGAGCUACAGCUGCACACAAUGAAACUGCGGCAGCAGCAUGGAGUUUCCCCAGCGUCUACGGCUCCAGCUGCUCCUUCUGCAGCUGCCCCUGCCUCAGCCACCUCACAGGCUCCCACGCCGACACCCACACCCACUCCCACCCCUGCCCCAGCUCCCACAAACCCGUCCAAGGUGCUGCGGCCGCGAUCUGCCCCCACCACAGUAGACGCGCACCUGCUGGCAACGGUGCGUGGCCUGCAGCAGGAGCUGACAGCGCGCGAAGCGGAGGCGCGUAAGCUGGCGCGCGAGCUCGAGGAGAUGCGGCGGGUCAACCGCCGGCUGCAGAAGGAGAGGGAGCGACACCUGCAGCAACAGCAACAGCAGCAGCACCAGCAGCACCAGCACGUCCACACUGCCUCGAAAGGGGAACAAAGAGGGGACAGUCAAAACUGCGCAGCUAGCAGUUCGUCCAGCAGCAGCUUGAGGCAGCGCGGCGGCUCAGGCGACCAGCUGGAUGCAAUGCGCAGGCUGGAGGAGGAAAACAGGGCGCUGCACCAGGAGUUCGCUGCUCUCAAGGCAGACUUCGAGCAGCUGAAAGUGAAGCGCUUGCAGGAUCUGAGUGUGCUUCAAGAGCACCACACGGAGGAGCUGCGCAAAGCACGGGACGAGGGUGCGCGCUAUGGCACGGAUACCCAGGUGGCGGAACUCCAAGGCCAGCUGGCCACACAGCAGCUAGUCAUAGAGCACCUGCAGGAGAAGCUCAAGGAGCUUGAUCUGUGUCAGGAGCAGAUAGUAGUUCUGAAGACUGAACGGGACCAUUUGGAGAACAGUGUUGUGGAACUCCGUAAGAAGAUAUCUGUUCUCCAGACUGACAAUGACCCGGACCAUAUGAAGCUUGCAUCCCUCCAGUCACAACUGCUAACACUGGAGCAGCGGCACGAGGCACGCGAGCAGCGCUUGCAGACAGUGGUGGCUAGUUUGCUGGAGAGGAACGCAGACCAGAGGCGCAGAUUGGCGGGGCUGCACGGUGAUGAGGAUGCGGAUGCCUUGCGGCGCCGUUUGCUGGAGAAGAACCGCCAGCUCGCCGAAUACCGCGCUGAGAUGGACCACAUCCUAGCUGCUCUGCGCCAGUUCUACCAGCAGCAUGGUGAUGCACCCAAUUUUGUUAGCAAAUCGUAGUUUCUUCCUACGUUGCUACUCUUUGUGGGUGUGCAGGUGACAUACUGACUGAAGCUUUUAUUGUGCUUUAAGAUGACCGCAUCCAGUUGCACACUACUCAUAGUCCACAUUCAGCUACUUCGUGUGCUGCUUUACACACUAUUUGUACCUUGGUGUUGAUUGUAGAGCAGUGAGGGCCUCGUCUUUAGUUGUAGUGUUUGUAAAAUAUUGUGUCACAACUCAGGGCCAGAAAUUUGCUUUGGCAAAGACAAGAAUAUGCAAGUGUAGAAACUCGUUGCUACUCUGGGGUUAUUGCUGCUGUGAGUGAAAAUGGAACUAAGAGACAGAGAUUUAUUUAUUAUUUUUUGUAGUGUUGUAACAUGUAGGAAACCCAACAUUGUUAAAUAACGCUGCAUAUCCAUGCUAUUAUUGUUUUAGAAUGCUAGAAUAUUUUCAGAACAUCAGAACAGAGUGCUAGAGAUGAAGAGGACACACGUCUGUUGUGUAAAGCAGUGUGUAAAAAUGUGGGUGGCUUGACAUAGUUACAGUAAACUGCAGAACUCAAAGAAGUUGAAAAAGGUGCCUUUUUUUUGUAACUUGAUAUUCAUCAGAAAGUAGUUCUUUUCUAAAAAGUGUGCACAAUGACUGAUGUGGUGGAAGCUGGUCACAUAUUUAUCUGCAUUACACUCUCCUUCCCUACUUCUUUAAGUGAAUUAAAGAAUUUAGAAUUUCAUUAGGAAACAAAGGUAAAUGGGGAGUGCUUUCGAAAUAUAGGCUACCUCUUGCAUUGUAGUGACGUAAAGACAAGAAAAUUGCAUGGGAUACGCCAGUGCUCUUCUCAGAAGAGACUGGUUGUGUCCUAAAUGUCAUUGUCUGAAAGAGUUAUUUUGUUAGUGGCAGAAAUAUUUAUGCAAUGACCAAAGUUCUGCAGAUAGUUUGCAGUGGAGCCUUGUUCCGUGAAAAACUCUGAAAAUCAUUGAAAAUUUUUGGACAAAAUAUUCAGUCUUAAUUGUGAUGAAGAAAAUGUAAAGGCAUUCAGCAUUUUGAUAUGUUCAAGUCUUGUUAAGUUUCAUUGCCAGAUUCUGCAGUUCAUGUGUUAAUUUGUGGACUGGACUAAGAAGUGAUGACAUUUUUCCAGUAUAUCUUAAGAGCAAUUUGUGUUUGAUGUGCACCUUUGAAACACUCACUGCAUUAUUUGUGCUUCAUCUCUAGCUUUUGACUUUAGAUCCAUGUCUGACAGCCUAAUGAUGUUAGGCCAUUAGAUUGCUUCCAUGAUGUGCAGACGGCAAUUUUUAUUUGGAAUUCUAUGUCCAUUACCAUAUAUUUGUGGUAUAUAAAUGUGCACUGCUGCAACUAGUUUCAUGUAUUUGGAAAACAUAAAGUGAUGGUUUCUAUAAAGAGCAUCAUUUUCCUUCCUGUAUACGAGAAUGCGUAAUUAAUGUUUGCAAAUUGUCAGCUGUGUUGAACUGUAUGGGCUUCAUUGUACAUUAAUGAGUAUUGAAAUUGUUUCUGAGAAAAGAAACAAUUUUUCCAACAGGUAAAAGCAGUCACUUGUGUAACUAAGGUUUUUCAGUUACUGAAGGUGACAUUAGUAUGCACCUUGGGACUCAUGUGUCUGGCUUCACAGUUUUCUGAUGAUUGUUCAUCAUUCCCGUCCUUCAGUCUCCGUCAGUUUGACUAGUUGUAGAGUAAUAUAUGUAACCUACUGCUGUGCUGCAGCCCUGCAGGUUCAGUGUUAAGAAUCUGCAGUACUUGUAUUUAUUAGAUUAGGGUGUCCAUAUACAGCUGUUACUGCCAUAAAAUAAAUAGAUCAGAAAGUAGAUAUUUCAUGUGUCAUAUGUUUGAGUUCUAUUGUAUUGUGUUAAAACAUGCAGUUUAUGUCUUUGACUAAAUUACAAGAAGUUCUUUAGUCCUUGUUCAUGUGCAUAUAAAUGAAUAGUAUUGAAGGUUUGUAUUACAUUUAUUUUGUCAUAUUGACAACAAGUAAAAUUUUGCUCUUAAACUUAUUCAACUUCGACCUUAUGUGACCUAGUUACUUUGACAAAUACCUUAUUGAUUCAAUAGUCUUCUGUGUAUGUGGGCCCAUAGCCAUUGUAAAUUGUUUCAGGGAAGUCAUUGUCCAGCAUACGUUGUUUUUAUUUUUGGGGAAAAAAAAUAUUAUUUCAUGUUGUUUCCCCCCCCCCCUGUUAACCAGUGUUACCCCCUUGGGCAUUUUCAGGCUAUUUGCACAUAUGUGAAGCCCAUCUGUAACAUGAUGAAAUGCAACCCUCGUGCAGAUCUUUGUCACAAGCAUCAGCCACACCAAAUCCACUGGUUCACAUUUGAAAUAAAACUGCACGUGAAAUGGUCAACAUCUGAAAAUUAAAUGGCAUGUGUGUCAGCGAAUUUAAUUGUAUGCUUUUGUACAGUUAAAUUUGCUGAUAUGAAUGACAUUUCAUUUUUAGAUUUUGAUUAUGUCAUGUGCAUUUUUUUUAAUAGGAACCAACAGAUUUAUUGUGGUUAAUGCUGGUAUGGCAACAAAGACCUACAUAAGGGUUCCAUUUCAUCAUGUAGCAGACGGAAUUCACAUCUGUGUAAGCAGCUUGAAAAUGCCCAAAGGAGCAAAAUGAUCCAAUAGCGAAAAAUCAUGAAAUAAAAUGUUAAUUUCAAAAAUAAAAACAGCCUACGCUGGACAUUCUCUUCCAUUAAGUAACUUAUUGGUUGUUUUGCAUUGUUCCUACAAACCUACACGGUAUGUCUUUCUUCUUAGAUACUGUACACAAGAUUUCAGAGCUAAUGUUACUUGUAAUUCAUGUGCUUGUUUAUUUGUAUUGUCAUUAUGAUGCAUUAACAAUCAAAUCUGAAUGCAGCCUCUGUUUGUGUAAUUCUAUAAAUUCAUAAAAAGUGGUAACUUGUGCAACUACAAAGAAUCUCAUGUAAAAAGUCUUAUUCAAGUGAAUUCAACUAAUUCUUUUUUUAAAAAAGAAAUUAAUGUAACUUAUGUAUUAUGGAAAAUGUACUUUAAGUAUUUUCAUGUAAAUCCAUAAUGUGUAACCCACACCAUAUUUCUCUAAUGUCCUAUUGCUUAUUCUGCUUGUUUGUGAAUCCACUUCUUUCUUAUAACCAUCUACUAAUAAUAGGUAUGAAAUUAUAGAUGAGGUGGCUAAGAUGUGUUUGACAAGUGCAAGAUUCUGAGAAGUGUAAUCACUGUUUAAGAUUGUUGGCUUGGCUAAUUUUUGGUUGGGUACCACUCCCCUGAUAUAUGGAUAUUGUUGUUCACAUUAAAUCCCCUCAGAACCUUCACCCCUUCUGCUAAAAUCUAAUAGGGUAGUACAAGGUGCUAUUCUUUUCCCACCUUUGUUGACAAUACUGAAAGAAAGAAAAAAAACUUACUUUCCAAUCUUUCCCAGUUAAUCCUUCAUCAGAAGGGUAUCUUUGAGUUUGUGCAAUGUACAAGAAGGGGAAGUACAGGGUAAAUAUGAAUUGUGGUGGCAUUUGGGGAAGUACCUUCCAAAGAGAAUAACGUCCAUUUGUUAUAAUAUGCACACACUUAAAUACUGGAGUUGAUAAAUCUUGGAAAAAAAAUAUUUUCAUAUAUUGUGAUUUUGUUACAAAAAAUUUUACAGUCAUUUAUGAGAGUAUAAAUUUCGGCAAGUGUUGGGUCACUGAGUAAUGUAACUCCAUCUCAAAAAGUCAGGUGCAUCAUAUAGCAAAAUACCAUUAUAUAGGAUUGCUGUUUCAGAAGACACUUAAAAUUUCUUAAUAUUUUUUGAUAAAUUUAGGUAUGUGAGAAAGCAAUAGUGUUGAAAUGGAAAAAAAGCAAGCCUUCCAAAUUUCCUGUUUCUAGCACACACAUUUAUUAGAUUUGGUGGAACCUCAUCCACAGCUUUUUUUGUAAUUAAUAUUGAUUUUGCUUUCAGAAAUUGGUAAUAAUCAAGAGCUUUUCACUGAAGAAUCAGCAGAUAGAAGGCCUGCAACUGUGGAAAUACUUAUGUGUUACAUGAUUAUGUGUAUUUGUUGUGCCAGUACUGCCAUGUUAUAUGGGAAGUACUGAAUGAGCAGUAAAGUAGUGAUUUAUACAAAUUCUCUUGUUUACAAUGUCACUUUUUAUGACAUGUUCGUGUGUGUUUGUCACUUGUAUGCUUAAAAGUAUAUAAUUAUUUCAUAAAUAUAGUCAGUGAUAGCAUCAGUUCAUUGUUGUACAUGCUUACUGGUACUAUUGUAUAAUACAACGAUGUGGAAAACUUUAGGGAAAAACCUCAACACGGAUACUAUGUUCUCCUUCAUUUACGCCAAUUUUAUAUUGUAAGGUAAAUGAUUUGAUACAUGUCCUUAGUUCUUUUUGUUUUGUUCAGACAGAAAUGUGACUCAUGACAAAAAGUAUAAAGGUCAUACUGAAGCUGUAAUGGGGAGCUGAUAAUUUUUUUUGUCUUUUUUUUCAUUUUUCUGUGUGUUCUCACAUUACCUUAAUGAACUAUUUUGUAAUAUUUUGCUUAAUUACUUGUCUUAAAUAAAAAUAUUGAAAUGUAAGUUUUGGAAAUAACAUUGAACCUUCUGUCGUACAAAAAACUCUAUAUAUAGGUUUGUUUUUUCACCACACAUACAACUAUAAAAAAGAUAAGUGUUGUCCAAAUAAUAGAAACAUUCUGUAAGAAGUACCAUGGAAUGGGAUUUAUUUAAGUUUGUCUUUGUCUCUGAUACCAACUCCCUUUGUGAACUGUUUAUUGUUGAUGCUGCUGUCUAAAAUAUAAGCCCCAUAAGAGUCAGUGGCAGUAGUAGAAAAAAAAAAACUAUUCAAUUCUAUAAUAAUUUUGAAAAGUGUACAGAAAUGAACACGCAAACAGUAUCAUCUCUAUUCACAGUACAAAGUCAGUAUCUGAUUUUAUAGAUACUAAAGCUGCACCAUCCUGAAGAACUUGUAUGCAAAUGUAGCUAUCACUCACAAGAUUUCGUCGUAAAUUUCAGAAGGUCUCGACCCAUCUUGCCAGUCAAAGUUUGAUUCCUGAUUUUUUGAAGCACUGUCUCUGAGUUACUGGAAUAUUUGUGUGUUAGUUAUUCACAUAGGACAGAGCAAAAGACUGCAGCCAAUACACAGUGCCAAACAAUGAAUAAGGCAAAGGGGAACAAAGCAAACAUAACACAUAAGAGGAACACACAAUUAAAUGAGACAGAAGUUCUCAACUAUCAAAAUUUAAAAAUAAUAUUGAAAUUACUUUUUUGACAGUUAAAUUAUUUCUGUCGUUUUAAGCAACAGCCAAAUGGUCUGAUCCUCAGUUGCCACCCAGUGAUUAAAUUGUUGUUUGACAGUCAACAUUCUAUGAAACACACAACUGCAACUGAUUUUUUGUUUGUGAAUGGUACAUGUGGUAUGAUUAAUGAUGCCAUUUCAGCAUCAGUAGUUUGGAGGUAGAAAUUUAUCUAAGCUUUAGUCCCUCCUGCCCUCAGAGCCUUAAAGUAUGGCAAGUAUGUACUGAAGAAGCAUGCACAGAUGUCAGACCAGGUACAAUAUGGUUUAGAUACUGUGUUCUGAUAGUCAUGUAUCAUGUUGACACAAUGACUGAGGAACCUGGAUGAUAUGUCAUCGAAGUUCAUAGGAGGCUUCAGGCUAUAACAGAAGUAAUGCUAUUGAUAACCUGCAUAGGUAAAAUCUUUUAUUGGUCCUGAUGGUUUGUUUACAGUCUUAUAAUAUUUUUCUUAUUUGCAAUGUAUCAGUGAUUUUUUCCUUCUCAGAAAUUCAUUUGCAUAUUAUGACAUACGAGUAAAACCAAUUAAAGCAGACAAAAGAAUCUUUAUUGUUUUCCUUCUUGAUGAGAAACAAAAAUGUAGUUGUAAACAUUGUUUCACUGAGCACUCAUUCAAUAUAAAUGUAAUACAAGAAUGCAAUAUUUUAAUUUGCACAAUUUUUCACAUUAUUUCAAAGUGAAAUGAAACUAUCAUAUGGCAUUAUUGGCCAGGAGACCCCAUCUGUUUUUUUUUUUUUUUUUUUUUUUUUUUUUUCUGCUGUUUGCCGCAAGCUUCACUAUUUGACACCACUCUGGUGACAUGCACAUUGGUGAGAUGGAAUGUUUAGGAUGCAAACACCCAGUCCCCGAACAAAGAAAAUCUCUGACCUGUGUGGGAAUUGAUCCCAGGACUCUGCAAUCUAGAGGCAGCUACGCUAACCGCACGCUGCCGACUGUUUCGUGGUAAACGCUGCUUAAUCCUUUUUGUGUCACUAGCAGAUUACUCCAAUACUUAGGUUUGAAGUUGGUGGGCUGGGUUGUGUAUUAUUUGUGGUACUGUAGGUACUGUGGUUAAUAUCUCUCAUACAGUACUCGUGCAUUAACUGAAAACUUUAUUAAACUGAUGAAUGUUAUACAGCGUUGCAAUGCUUUCACCUUCAUUAGAAAGUAAAGUGAUGGCCAGAUGAAAGCUGUAAGUGUAAUUGGUGAAGUGCCUCCUAAUACCAGUGACAACAGAUAUGUUGCCUGUUAAACAGACAGGAGAAUUUGUGCAUAUUGAGCGGAGGGGCAUCACAGUUACAUAGCAAGCUCAUACUUGGAAUCUUUUUUAAUUUAUUGUCUUUCUUUCAUAAUUUAGGUUUUCAGUGAUUUUAUUAUGAAUGAAAGUAAUAAUCUUAAAUAGACAUUGUAUGAUCAGAAGUCAAAUGAAGCUCAUUUCACAAAUAAUUAUGUCUUGUGCUAUGUUCUAGUUAUCUGAUCCCUAAUCUUAUCAUAUUGCAAGGACUUCUAGAUAAAAUCUGUAUUUUCUACAUGAUUAUGUCUACACAGGUAAAUAUUAUCUUAGUAUACUUUUGUAAGAGCUUCCGACCAAUUUUAUUUGUUUCAAAGAAAAAGUAAGUUGGGGAACAGUCAAUUGCAGUCUCUGGUAGUGCUUGAAUGUUCCAUUUUGUUUUCUAUUUUAUUGUUCUACGAAAAUUAAGAAACAUGCCAUUCCUUUUAAGAAUUCUGCUCCUCACAGUGAUGAUGGAUUGUAAUAUGUUUUUAAUAAGCCUGGAAAAUUAUAUUUAUUCAGUUUAUAUUACUAGUAGCUAUUUUCUUGAUUGUCAGUGAACAGUAAAAGACAAUAACUUCAGUGGAGUAGUAUGGAUUGUUUUUUGAAUCCUCAAUAAAGUUGUUGAAGGUUA